UUGACUUAGUCAGUCGGUGAAGAAAGCUGUAACGAUUCGGUUCGUUUGGGUUGCAGCAAUUGGCUGCUACGAGUUUUUUUUUGGUUAAAGUCUUAUCUAAUUUAGUUUUUUUUUUAUUAUAAACUGACCUCUAAAUUAAAAAAACGCGUGUGUUCGGAGGGAAGUGUUUAUAUAUACACAUAUUUAAAAUCGAUUGUGCUGUUUUGCUUUAAAAAGCACUGAGAUGGCGAAUACAACGCCCGGCCACUUGUUGCUGCUAAUUGGCCUCUGCUGCACACUGGUGCAAGCCAGUUACCCGCUCAAAAUACUCGGUUUAUUCCCGCACCCGGGCGUUAGUCACUUCCACUUCUUCCACCCAAUUAUGCGGGGCUUAGCGGAGAAGGGUCAUGAUGUUACUGUGAUAAGCCACUUCCCCGACAAAAGUCCACCGGCACAUUACCGAGAUCUGCCAUUAACAGGCCUUAACACAUUGACGAAUAGUGUGGACUUGCAGAUCUUGAAAUCGCAAACUUUCUACAGUCACUUCAUUGAAUUCUUUUUGCUACACAAUUGGGGUAAGGACGCAUGCAAUCUCACAUUGCGUUCCGACGCCUUGGCACAGGUGUUGCGACAACGGCAACAUUUCGAUGUAAUCAUUAUGGAGCAAUUCAAUAGCGAUUGCAUGACAGCGGUGGCACAUCAACUCAAAGCCCCGUUCAUAGCGCUGAGCAGCUGUGCUAUGAUGCCUUGGCAUUACUAUCGCAUGGGUAUGCCCAUUGAAACCUCAACGGUACCCGCAGUUUUUAUGGGACAAUCUGAGGCAAUGACCUUUAGCGGUAGACUCGGAAAUUGGUUCACUUUCCACGCCAUGCGUUUGCUUUAUGAUUACUACACCACGCCCAUUACCGACGCUAUGGUGCGCCAUAAAUUCGGACACGAUCUGCCCUCGGUUGGCGAAUUGUCGAAGGAGACGUCAAUGUACUUCGUCAAUCAGCACUUCUCGUUGAGUGGCGUUAAACCGUUGCCUCCAUCAGUUAUCGCGCUCGGCGGCAUACACAUACAGAAGGCCAAACCGCUCGAUACCGAGCUUCAAAAGUUCAUCGAUAAUGCCGAACAUGGUGUGGUCUUCAUAAGUUGGGGUUCCAUGAUACGCGCCGACACCUUGCCGCCCGCCAAACGUGACGCUAUCGUACGCGCUGUGAAACGGCUCAAGCAACGGGUGAUCUGGAAAUGGGAGAACACCACAUUGGAGCACAAGCCGGAUAAUCUGUACGCUAGCAAGUGGUUGCCACAACGCGACAUACUCUGUCAUCCGAAUGUGAAGGUGUUUAUGUCGCAUGCGGGUCUAAUGGGCAGUUCGGAGGCCGCCUACUGCGGGGUACCGGUAGUGGCCACGCCCAUGUACGGUGAUCAGUUUGUGAAUGCGGCGGCGAUAAACUACCGUGGUAUGGGUGUGGUGCUGAAGUAUGACGAUAUCACCGAAAAUUCAGUGUUGCGUUCAAUUAGGGAGGUGCUGAAGAAACAAUAUAUGGACAACGCGAAAGCGGUCUCCUAUUCCUACAGACAUCGUCCGCAGACCGCACUUGAAACAGCCAUUUAUUGGGUGGAAUAUGUCGCUAAAACAGAGGGCGCACCGCUACUUAAGGGAAACGCCGUGUAUUUAUCGCGCUUUGCCUACUAUUCGCUCGACAUUUAUCUCUUCAUCGCCUUCAUUAUAUUCAUAUCGGUUGUGAGUUGGAGCUUUGUUUGUAGUAGGUUGUGCUCGCGGCGUCCAAAGACACUCGCUAAACAAAAGUCAAAUUGAACAAAUUGGUGACGAUUGUAGAUUGAUUGGGUUAGUUAGAGUAAGAUUUUAACAAGAUAGAUAUCUUGUUAGAAGUAUUAGAAAACAUAUCGGUAUAAUUCUUAACUGAGUUUACCAAAUAAAUAGCAAAUGUAGUUAUCAAAUUUAGAUUAUAAGAGGAAUAGAACGAAUUGUAAAAUUAAUAAAAAAAGGAAAAAUCAGUCGCCAAAAUUUUUGUAACAAAAAAACAAGACAAACUCCAUUUUAUUUUAUUUAAAAAUUGUUAAAUUAAUCCAAUAAAUGGACAGUUGUUCUCUAAAAACUA